GCAGCGAGAGUGUACCUCCGAUUACGCGAGCGGCGAUUUCCCUGGUCACACUCCAGAAUGAGCACCAAAUAUCUCAGAUUGACGGAAAUUCGGCUGAACGGAGCUUUUCCGCAGAACACCGCCUCGAUAAAAGCAGCUCAAGGUCACAAGGGUAGCACGUUGAUGACAGAGACCGCAUCACGAAGUCUGCCGCUGGAACCCGAUCUCGGUCCAACACGAUGUGUACAACGGAGACGAGCGUCCCACGUUUUACUCAACCCUCGUUAUGGAUUUUUUUGACCUAGACCGCACGUUCCCAAAACUACGCCCGCACCUCCCUGUCUUUCUGGCAUCAUAUGCGCUGUUCAAUGUCAUCCACCUAUUCCUUGUCCCGCUCAUAGGCAAUUUGCUUUUUCCUGCGCAAUGGAACAAAAUGAACAGACGGGCACGGAAUAAUUGGGCUAUCCACGUCUGUUCUCAGGCUCACGCGUUGAUCAUCGUGCCUCUCGCGUUGCGUCGUCUGCAGCUACCGGAGCUAGAUGCGAACCGCGCCUUCGGCUGGAACGAACAGAGUGGGACCCUGCAGGCUAUCGCAGUCGCAUACUUUUUGUGGGAUGCAAUCGACGCGAUAUACAACUUUGAAAGCGUCGGGUUCGUGCUCCAUGGUGUCGCCUGCACGGCUAUCUAUCUGUGUGCUUUCAAACCAUUUCUUGCAUACUAUGCCGCACGAUGCUUGCUCUGGGAAACGAGCACGAUAUUCCUCAACAAUCACUGGGCCCUAGACAAAAUGAAUCGCACAGGGGGGACUAUGCAGCUCCUCAACGGCGUCUUCCUGAUCUCAAGCUUCUUCCUGGUCCGGUUGAUGUACGGUGGUUACACCUCGUACCACUUCUUCGUGACUCUCCAUCGCUACCGCGAUCAAAUUCCACUCGCCGGGGCGAUAGCCAUUGGAUCUGGGAAUAUUCUCCUCCAGGGGCUGAACUGGUUCUGGUUCACCAAAAUGAUAUCAUCCCUCCGGAAGCGGUUCGAGCCUGAAAAAGCGGCGAAUGGCUCGGCGAAUGGCCGCAGUCACGGCGCAACCAAUGGCUUCAAGAGAGACUGAAGCAAUGUUGUAUGUACCUGAUUAUCUUAUCUUGAAAUUAGAUAUCCUCAUCUCAAUCGCACGUGACUGUACUUGCACACUCUGCCGAGUAUCUUGCUCCGAUGUAAUGCAUGAAAGGCUA